AUGAGCUGCAGCAGUCUGGCAAGGUUAGAGGAAUUUUCAGAGGAGGAGCUGGAGCUGAGCAUGCUAGGUCAGGGAGAGAAUGAUGAGGUGAGCGACGACAGCCCCGUGGGCCCCUUGCAGGACAGCGAGGGCUCGGCCAGCAGCCCUCCCAGCGAUGACACUGAGGGGGGCCAGUCCAAGAAGCGUAGCCGCCCGGUCCGCUCCAAGGCCCGCCGUGUGGCCGCCAACGUACGUGAACGCAAACGCAUCCUGGACUACAACCAGGCCUUCAACGCUCUGCGUGUGGCACUCAACCACGACCUCAGCGGCAAGCGGCUCUCCAAGAUUUCCACCCUGCAGAGGGCCAUCAACCGCAUCUCAGCCCUCUCUGUCUUCCUCAGCUCCAACCCCCCCAGUAAGCCUUGCUCCCACCGGGAGUGCCACAGGCCAGCUGGGAGGUCAUUGGCGGUGGGAACAUCCCAGAACUACGUCUCCUGUAACCACACAUCACUCCCCCAUCAGAUCCAGCCUCAGCAGGGAACCCACCCUCACAGGCUGCCAACAGAGACACACCUCUACAUUGACAGCUUGGGCUCCUCAUGCCCCCCCUCACCACACUACCCCUGCUAUCCUGCCAAGGGCCAGUUGUACCCCUCACGCGGACACUGUGGGACAGGGAACCCCUUGGAGCAGCCACCAAGCCCUAUUAGGUACACCCAGGUGGGCGAAGGGCUGGGGUACCAGACUAGGGGGUGGGCCUCCUGCGCCCAGGGCUACAUUGAUGCCUUUAUGGAGUCGUCUCCAGCCCUGGGCCUCCCCUGGCAGGUGAGCCACAUCCAGGAGACAGCAGGCCCCCAGCACAGCCUGCCCCUACUCUGA